GUCCGCCCGCUUCCGGAAGGCAGCGGUCCGAGGCUCUGAGGAAAGAAGAAACGAAGAGAACAUUCUAGGGAAAGGAGGAGAAACACGAAGGCCCUAAGUUGAUCAUAAUGGCAGGUGAAGAAAUUAAUGAAGACUAUCCAGUAGAAAUUCAUGAGUAUUUAUCAACAUUUGAAAACUCCAUUGGUGCUGUAGAUGAGAUGUUGAAAACCAUGAUGUCUGUUUCUAGAAAUGAGUUGUUACAGAAGUUGGACCCACUCGAACAAGCAAAAGUGGAUUUAGUUUCUGCGUACACAUUAAAUUCAAUGUUUUGGGUUUAUUUGGCAACCCAAGGAGUUAAUCCUAAAGAACAUCCAGUGAAACAAGAAUUGGAAAGAAUCCGAGUAUACAUGAACCGAGUCAAAGAAAUAUCAGACAAGAAAAAGUCUGCCAAGCUUGACAGAGGUGCAGCUUCAAGAUUUGUAAAAAAUGCCCUCUGGGAACCAAAAUCUAAAAAAGUAUCGAAAGUUGCUAAUAAAGGAAAAAGCAAAAAUUAAUUUUUGUUUUUAUUGUAUGUAUAUUCAAAAAGUACAUCAGUUUUAGUGUUUUCACAAGAGAAAUGAUAAUGUGGUUUAAAUGUGUUCCUUUUAUAAUUCAUGUAAAUUUAUACUUUGAAUUUAUACUUUAUAAUGCUGAAUUCAUUUUUCCCUGAGAAAGAUUGUUGUCUUUAUUGAUUUUCCUGUAGGAUAUCAUGAAGUUUUAACAUUGUGAGACAUAGCUUACCACUUCUUUCAGUGAGACACUUGUUUCCUUAUCUACGUAAAUCUUGGACUUACUAUACUAUCAGUAACUGAAACUUAAGUUAAAUGUUCAUUGUAAACAUUUGUAUUUUAAAUGAAAUAUGCUCUUUGUACGUAGAAGAUAUAAGAAUGUCUCUUACUAUUAUGUGAUUUGAAGAAAGAAUAAAGUGACCUAAAUGUG